AUGACAAAGAAACUGUCGGCGAAAAGAAAAUGGGGCGAGCGCGCGGUCCUCCGUGUCGGUAAAAACUAUCCUUGUGAUCCGAUACCAUCUGUAAUCGGCAUAAUUCGAUAUACUCACGGCUCAUCCAAUUAUGUGGCUGUGAGCUCUCGCGACCUCCGACACGCAAAGAACGCGCCCCGCGCGGCGCGCCACUUUUGGCGGGAGCUGAACAUUUUUCGUUUCUUAGGUUUCGGAGCCGAUGUUAGAAAGUGCGUUAAAAAAAUAGGUGCAGCAAUGGAGUACGGGUAUCUGAGCGGUGCCGGUGGUGGGUUCGACAGCGGUUGCCUGGGUUCCGGCGGUGGAGAACUGUCAUGGGGCGAGUUGGCGUCAUGUGGACAGAUGUCGCAAGCUGCCUACCGCUACCAAGGCAUGCGUUACCAACCGCCGCCGCCACAGUGUGCGCGCCCUCAGGAUGCUGCUAUGAGGAAUCACCACAUAUUCCCGCCGGCUAUGAAUUUACAACCUGGUCUCCCUUACAAAGUAUAUGGGGGACAUGAAGGUUCCUUGACAGAGAAACGGAAGCAGCGUCGAAUCCGGACUACAUUCACAUCAGCACAGCUUAAAGAGUUAGAGAGAGCCUUCCAAGAGACACAUUACCCCGACAUUUACACAAGAGAGGAAAUAGCAAUGAAAAUAGACUUAACAGAAGCUAGAGUACAGGUAUGGUUUCAAAAUAGGCGCGCCAAGUUCCGAAAACAAGAACGAUUAGCCCAGCAGAAAGCGGGUGAAGCGCCUGUGAAGGCAGAAGGUAAACGUGACAAGCCAGGCUCUCCCGCGACCUCACCGCAUCCGCCGCCGUCAGCACAGCCUCCGCACCACACCCUGCCACACCUAUCGCCGCCUGAUUUAAAACCGAUCACCUCAGCAGCUAACAAAUUAUGUGAGGAGUUAAACGGUGUUGGUGGUUCUGAACCCCCAGUGAGCGGAGUCGGAGGCGGCAAGUGGGCAGGCGGAUGCGGACUUCUACGCCAGCCUUCGGGUUUCCCAUUGCUCGGGGUGGCGCCACCCAACUACUUACUCUCUGACCACCUUGGCACACUGGCCAAAACAAAUAACCAUCUUUUCUAA